CCCUAUCAGAAAACUGACAGUGAGACAACAUUUGACAACACUUCUAGUGAAACCACAGCUCCAAGGAAAUCUUCCAUCUGAAAUGAAAGCAGAUGGCCUUGUCUUUGAGAGACAGAGCCAUUGGGGCCAUAAUUGGGGCAGCAGUGGCAGAUGCAGCAGCCCAGCCCAUGCACUGGAUCUACAGUCCAGACAAGCUCAAAGAAAUUCUCUCUGAUCUGGAGCCCUGUCCUGAGUUUCGGCCUCAGUCAGCGAAUCCUUUCUACCGCAGAAUGACGGGCGAGCAGACUUGCUAUGGAGACCAGGCGUAUGUCUUGCUGGAGUCACUGAGUCAGUGUGGAGAUGUGAAUGUGGAAGACUUGACCAAGCGCUUCUACAAGUUCUUUGGCCCAGGAACGGUGUACGACCUGCCUCUCAAUGAUCCUUACAGGAAGAAAGGAGGUCCCAAAGCCAUCCUCCCUAUCGAUGGCCCAUGGAGAAAUGGGAGCCUGAAAGCUUUCUUCAGAAAUGUGGAUGCUGGCAAAGAGGAAACUGGCUCCGAUGUGGACUGUCAGAUGGACGGUGUCACUAAGCUUGCUCCAGUGGUGGCCAUGUAUGCAGGCCGGCCUGAGAUGCUGGACAAAGUGGAGAAAGCCAUGCGGGUGACCCAGAACAACGACAUGUGUGUGGCUGUGACACUGGCUGCAGCGAGAUUUUUGGAGCAUUUCAUUCUGAACGGUCCAGAUGCCAAUGCUCUGGACGCAGUUCUGGCUCAGUUGAAUGACCCAAAGAGACAGAACCCUCAAGACCUGGACCGGGCUGUCAUUUCUCACAUCCACCAGGUAAAGAACAACUUAGCGAAGACAUCUCAACAGCUCAUACCUGCUGAGUUCACAAACACAUGAGCUUUGCCUGGUGCGUUCCAAGGGGCGCUUCAUGGAGUCCUGACUCUGAACCAGCUGGAUGAAGCAGUCAGGGACACCAUGCGCUGCGGGGGAUGCACCGCCAGCCGGGCCUCCUUCAUAGGAGCCUGUUUUGGAGCACAGACUGGUCUCCAGGGAAUCCCCGAGUCUUGGAGGAAGAGGACACUCAGAUAUCCUCUGCUGCUGGAGCUAGCCGAAAACGUGGUCCAAAAGAGUCAGCAAGUGUAGUUCAGCUAUAAUUUUUGGCCUGAAUACAGUUGUUAUGAUUGCCUUGCAAUGCUCUUUUAGGAGACUUUCUCAAGUUGCAGAUGUACUUUGACAUGACAAUCCAUGACAGUAGCAUUUUAAAGUCUCGCACUGAAUGAAACUCGAAUCCAUUUGCCCUGUCAAAGAUGCAUCAUGCAAAAAAGUGAAAGUCUGUGCAAGGUGUUUAUCUCAGUUUGAGGACAUGAAAUACAUGUGUCCUCAGCAGCUGCCUUGUAAGGAACAGUCUCAAAUAAAGAACGUUCAUGUCGCCAAGA